GGUAUCUCACAUCGCGUUUAUAAGGUCAAGGUUCAGCCGCUUGCUUCCCACAAUCCGGAAGAGUGCGCCUUUCGAGACUUCAACACCAUGGUGACCAUCAAAAUCGGAGAGACUGGAGAACCCAUUGUCACGCGCUUGGUCGCGGAGGACAAGGUACCAUGGUACAGGAAGCGCAACCUGCGCUACAUGUACUUUUUCCUCUUCUUGUGCUGCAUGGGCGUUGAGAUGACCUCUGGAUUUGAUUCCCAGCUCAUCAACACUCUGCAAUUCUCGGGGCCGUUCAACAAAUAUUUCGGCGACGGCUAUGUGGAUGACGAUGGUAAGCCCGCCAUCGAGCCCGCCCUCCUUGGAUUCAUCUCGUCUUGCUACCAGCUCGGUUCCAUUCUUGCUGUUCCUGUCGCUCCGUGGUUCAACCAGCGCUUUGGUAGACGUUGGUCUAUCAUGGCAGGCUCUCUGAUCAUGGUUGUUGGGGCCAUCCUCCAAGGCUUCUCUCAGCAUGUGGGUAUGUACAUUAUCGCCCGUAUGCUCCUCGGCGUCGGCAUCGUCUUCGCCAUCAUUUCUGGAUCGGCCUUGAUUGGAGAAUUGGGAUACCCGAAAGAACGACCAGUGCUCACUUCUCUGUUCAACGCUUCCUACUUCGUUGGCGCUAUCAUUGCGGCAGCCAUCUCUAUCAAGACUGUCGAUAUUGUAGGAGACUGGAGCUGGAGGAUUCCAUCACUAUUACAGAUUUGCCCUUCAUUGCUGCAGAUCUGUUGUGUCUUCCUGAUUCCAGAAAGCCCCCGUUGGCUUGUCAGCAAGGACCGUCACGACGAAGCAUACGCCAUCCUUACCAAGUACCAUGCCGAAGGGGAUCCUAAUUCCCUCAUCGUUGCAGCCGAAAUGGCGGAGAUCCGCUCGACCAUUAAACUCGAACUCGAAAACUCAAAGCAGUCUUGGAUGGACAUGCUCCGUACCGCCGGCAUGCGUCGCCGUGUUUUCAUUUCAUGCAUGCUUGGUCUAUUUACCCAGAUGAGCGGCAACACUCUGCUCUCAUACUAUUCCAACCUGCUCUUCGGGAUGAUGGGCUACACAACCAACUAUGCCAAGACCAGGAUCAACAUUGCGAAUCAGUGCUGGAGCUUGAUCAAUGGUGUGACCAUCGCACUGGUUGUGACCCGGUUCCGACGUCGGUGGAUGUUCAUGCUGUCGUCUACAAGCAUGCUACUCGUCUUCAUUGGCAUGACGGUAUCAUUCCACAGCCUUCGCGUAGCAAAGGAUGCCGGCACCAAGAACGGAUCUGCUGCAAUCGCGGCACUCUUCUUCUAUUUCGCCUACUCACCGUGCUACAACAUCGGAAACAACUCGCUCACAUACACCUUCCUCGUCGAACUCUUCCCCUACGCCCAGCGUACCAUGGGCAUCGGUGUCGAGCAAAUCUUCGGCAAGCUCGGCGGCUUCUUCUCCGUCAACGUGAAUCCCAUCGCCCUGGACGCCAUUGGUUGGAAGUUCUUCGCCAUCUACUGCGGAUGGAUUACGUUCGAGUUCUUGACCGUGUUUUUCUUCUACCCUGAAACGUACAACCGCACGCUUGAGGAGCUUGCGUUCCUGUUCGAAGAUAAGGCGCUCAUUGAGAAGCAAGCUGCGACUGUAGAGAAGCAGAUACACGAGGAACACGAGCAUCCUGCAGGUGAGAAGCACGGGGCGACGACCGUAGAGCGCUCGGUGUAAGGAAAGACAGAAGAGUAAAGAGACGGAGGUCUUGGAUUCCAUUCUUAGCUGCUAUGCAUUUGAAGCGUCGACUUACGAAAGCUCGCUUCCUGGCAUACA